AUGGGCUCCCGACUAGAGAAAAAUUCCAGCUUGGUUCGAAAGCGCAUCGAGAGCCACACCUUCAGCGACGAGCAGGGAGAGGAAUAUGAAGGCUCAAAGUUCGGCGGGUUUGCCGACUACAUGCGGAGGAAGAAGAUCAAGCUGCAGAAUCUUGAUGUUGAGAUACGCGCCAACUCGGCAGACAAGCCUCCUAUCUUUUGCGGAGUAGUCGUCCACGUCAAUGGCUACACCCAACCGCCCUUGAGCGACCUACACAACCUCGUCGUAAGCCAUGGGGGCGGCUUCCUUCAAUACCUUGACGCGAAGACUUCUGCUACACAUGUCAUUGCCAGCCAUCUCACGCCCAAGAAGACGGUUGAGUUUGGGAAAUACCGCGUUGUCAAGCCAGCUUGGGUAGUCGACAGUGUCAAGGCAGGAAAGUUGUUGCCCUGGGAUGCCUAUAGGCUGGUCGACGAAGGCGUCACGCAGAAGGUGCUGGGCUUCGAAAGCGGCCAUAUGGUAAGCCAGGCGAACAGUCAGCCGAGAAGCUAUAGAGAACACUCCGAAACGGGUUGGUAUGCCACGCAAUUGCGCCAGAAUCAGCAGGAGCAAAAUCGUUCACCUGCUGAUUCAUCGGCAAUCAGCAGAGCUGGAGAGGAUGCUUCCACCGGGGGAGUCGCCGGCAACGCGAAUUUCGAUGCGCCCGAUUCCCCCGGAGAUGGCUUGAUGCAUGCACAAAACCCCGUGAAAGGACACGGUCCACUCGCACCAGAGUCAAGAGAUGCACUCAAACCCGAAAAACGCGAGCUCACAGCCGAAGAACACAACUCUAUCCUGCUCUCCAAUCCCCAUAUGGCUAAAUCCAGCACUGCAAACCCUGACUUCAUCAAUCAAUACUACCGCGAAUCGAGGUUACACCAUCUAUCAUCCUGGAAAGCCGAGCUGAAAGCGCAGAUGCAGGCACGUGCACAAGAGAAACUAUCCUCGCAGCUGGUGAAGCCGAAAAGAGCGCCUGGUGCGAGACGGUACAUCAUGCAUGUUGACUUCGAUAGCUUCUUCGCCGCCGUGUCUCUCCAAAAACACCCGCAGUUGGUCGAUAAGCCUGUAGUCAUCGCACAUGGCAGCGGGCCCGGGUCGGAGAUUGCAAGCUGCAAUUAUCCUGCUAGGAAAUACGGCAUCAAGAAUGGCAUGUGGAUGAAGGCUGCACUUAGCAUGUGUCCAAACCUCAAAAUCCUACCGUACGACUACAAUGCUUACGAAGAAGCAAGCCGCCAGUUCUACGACUGCAUCCUUGCGGUUGAUGGUGUGGUGCAAAGUAUCAGCAUUGACGAGGCUCUUCUCGAUGUCAGCGAACAAUGUAUCAAGGCUGGCGGAUCUGAUGGCAAGGGAAUUUCAGAAGGCUCCUUAUACCGCGAACAAGAGCACGCUCAGCAUUUGGCGCGAGAUUUACGGGCUGCUGUGAAGGAGAAAACUGGCUGUGAUGUAUCUGUCGGAAUUGGCGGUAAUAUAUUACUUGCCAAGGUGGCAUUACGGAAAGCAAAACCUGCUGGACAACAUCUCAUCAAACCCGACGACGUGUUAGAAUUCAUUGGUGAAUUGUCGGUCACGGACUUGCCUGGCGUUGCAUGGAGUAUUGGCAACAAACUUGAGGAAAUUGGAGUGAAGUUUGUCAAGGAUAUCAGGGUGUUGACAAAAGAGAAGCUCAUCAACACUCUGGGACCGAAAACCGGCGAGAAGAUAUGGGAGUACUCCCGGGGAAUCGACAAGCAAGCAGUGGGCGAUCAAGUCGUCCGUAAGUCAGUUUCAGCAGAGAUCAACUGGGGGAUUCGAUUCGUCAACCAGCAGCAAGCGGAAGAAUUUGUUCAGAGCCUGACUGAUGAGCUGUCACGGCGCCUCCUCGAGCAGUUGGUCAAGGGGAGACAGCUCACCAUGAAGAUCAUGCGAAAAGCCGCCGAUGCUGGGCUCGAUCCUCCGAAAAAUCUUGGGCAUGGCAAGUGCGACACAUUCAACAAAAGUGUGGUGCUAGGAGUUGCCACAAACGACGGAGCAGUGAUCGGGAAAGAAGCAAUUGCCAUCUUGCGUAGCUACAAUUUUCCUCCAGGAGAGCUCCGUGGACUGGGGGUGCAGAUGCAGAAACUAGAGCCAUUGAAGCCAUCUAUGGCCGGCCCUGGCGGUUUCAUGGACAGCAGUCAGCGGAGGUUACAGUUCAAGAAACCGGAGAACCCAACACCAGCAUCCCCGGUGCCGUCAGAACAAGGCAAGAAGGCGUCUGCUCGUACACCGCGAAUCAAGGACGCUGUUGAUCCGAUUGAGGAGGUUCCUACACCGGAGAAGCCGAAGCCCAACGCAGCCAUUCUGGGUGCCGCCGAUGCUCAUCCCACCAUCGAGGAAGAUGAUUCUUUGCAGAAGCCUCUGAAUGUGAGCGGAACCCAGUUCGUCCUCCCGUCACAAAUCGACCCAGCGGUGUUGGCCGAAUUACCGGCAGAUAUCAGAAAUAAGUUGCCCCCCAAACAGAAGAGUAUACUCGAUAUCAUGAACAAGUCCGUCCAACCCGCUUUGCCUUCCGAUGAGCCUAUAUCACGCUCCGUCUCUCCGUACCCCACCGACAAUGACGCUGCACUACCGAACCAGAGUCAACUUGAUCCUGAGAUUCUGGCUGCUCUUCCCCCAGACGUUAGGGAGGAAAUAUUGGCCCACUAUACACAGCAAGGGAAAAGGAGCGGAACCCCCACGCAUCAAAGCUUACUCCCACAAUCCCCCCAAAAACCCAGGACUCUCGGUGUGUCCAAGAAACUAGUUGUGACCCCAAGUAAGAAGCAGAAGACGGCCUCGUUGUUUAGCAAGGCUAGGUCAAAGCAACCUGCAGACUCUUCUUCUACCCUAAUCCAGUCAAACUUUGGGCCCGUGGCGAGAUUAGGAAGGGGUGAAUCACCGUCUAAUGCGUACCCUCUGGAAGAAAUAUCUGAAUCCCUCCUCGAUGAGCUUCCCCCGGACAUCCGAGCGGAAAUUAUCGCAGAGCAGAAAAGGAACCGGAUGGAAGCCAGAUCGGGGUUAUAUUUCGAUACCAAGAAACGACCGAAAGUCACAGCUCAAGCAGACGCGACUGCACGAGGUCAACAAAAGUUACAGCUACCAAAGCUGCCUGAUAAGCCGACAUUUACUUCUCGAAAGCUGAGCUCUCUGCCCGAGCUGAGAGACGCGAUCUCGGCCUGGGUGAAAGAAUUCUCUGUUGAUGGUGAUGGUCCUGAUUCAGAAGAUGUGACCGCACUCUCAGAGUACUUAUGCAAGGUCGUGUCUGUCGAGCGGGAUAUGGCCAAGGCUGUCGCGGUGGUAAACUGGCUUGGAAUGCUCUUAGACCACGAGAAGUUCGACACCGAAGACACCCACCUGGCCUGGGAGAAAGCACUUGCAGUGCUGAAGAGGGAUGUGCAACAUGCAAUUACCGAGAGGGGCCUUCCUCGUGUUGUAUUCGACUACUGA